AUGCGCUUCAGCACUUCCAUCGCCGUACUCUCCGUCUUGGGCGCCAACGCUCUGCCCACCCGCCGCGGCACUCCUGUAGACUCUCCGCAGGGCGCCGUCGCCUUCGUCCCCCAUCCCGGUGUCCCUGGCUCCGUCUCCCCGCCCAAUACUGCUCCCGUUACCCGCAGACAGGAGGAGGGGGGUGCCGGUCAGGGCAAUGACCAAGCCCCGCCGGGGGGACAACCGGGCGGUGGUGAUUCUGGCCAAGCCGACCCGCACCACCCUCUUGGUCCUCCCUCAGGUCCUCCCUCGGGCCCCCCUUCGGGACCACCGUCGGGACCACCGUCGGGACCACCGUCAGCCCCCCCGUCGGGCCCCCCCUCGGACGGACCCCCGGGAGGACAGCCGGGCGAUGAUGGCUCUAACCAGGCCGACCCGCACCACCCUCUCCGCCCGCCCUCGGGCCCGCCAACUGGCACCCCUCCACCCUCGGGCAAUGCAGGUGAUGAACGGCCGGGAGAGCAGCCGGGCGAUGCUGGCUCUGACGCAGCCGAUCAACGACCCCCAGGCGAAAUAUAUAUCCCCGACGGGGCCGACCAACGGCCCCCGGGCUACCGAUACACGCCUGGCCCGCCCCCGGGCAACGGGGCUGACGAACGCCCGCCGCAAGAGCAGCCCGGUGAAGAUAACUCUGCCGUGAACGACCCGCACCACCCGUCUGGUCCCCCCACUGGCAACCCCCCGCCUUCCGACAACGGGAAUGACCAACGCCCGCGGCAAUUGCAACCUGGCGGAGAGCGUCCCAGCGGAGAUGAACGUCCCAGCGGCGAUGAUCGUCCCAGUGGUGAUGACCGCCCUAGCGGCAACGACCGUCCCAGCGGCAACGACCGUCCCAGCGGUGAUGACCGUCCUAGUGGUGAUGACCGUCCCAGCGGCGAUGACCGUCCCAGCGGUGAUGAUCGUCCCAGCGGCGAUGACCGUCCCAGCGGUGAUGAUCGUCCUAGCGGGAACGACCGUCCCAGUGGUGAUGAGCGUCCUAGUGGUGAUGACCGUCCCAGUGGUGAUGAGCGUCCUAGUGGUGAUGACCGUCCUAGCGGCAAUGACCGUCCCAGCGGAGACGAACGCCCUAACGGAGAGCACCCUUGA